CUAAAGGGUGAAGAUGUUAACCGAACAUUGGAAGGUGGGAGAAAACCUCUUCACUAUGCAGCAGAUUGUGGCCAGCUUGAGAUCCUGGAGUUUCUUCUACUAAAGGGAGCUGAUAUUAAUGCUCCAGAUAAGCACAGCAUCACUCCACUUCUUUCAGCAGUUUAUGAAGACCACAUGUCCUGUGUGAAGUUACUUCUGUCAAAGGUGAGAAUGUGUGAUAGCAUCAUUCAACUUGGUAAAUUUAAUUUUUCAAGAUGUUUUUGUUAGAAGUUUUAAGGAUGC